AUAACCUAUUCCACGCCUACUGGACAGGACGGAACGGAACGGAACGGAACGGAGGAGAUUGAUCCGCCCCCUUAGGAUGAACACUCCUCACCCGGCUGCUAAUUAAGAGCCACAAAGAUGCUUGGGGGGCCUGUUCAUUUACAACCACAAGGGGGAGGUGCUUAUCUCCCGGGUGUACCGCGAUGACAUUGGCCGCAAUGCUGUGGAUGCCUUCAGGGUGAAUGUCAUCCAUGCCCGCCAGCAGGUGCGCUCCCCUGUCACCAACAUUGCCCGCACCAGCUUCUUCCAUAUCAAGCGUGCCAACAUCUGGGUGGCAGCCGUCACCAAGCAGAAUGUCAAUGCUUCACAGGUGUUUGAGUUCCUUCUAAAAAUGCUUGAGGUCAUGAGUAGCUACUUUGGGAAGAUCUCUGAGGAGAAUGUGAAGAACAACUUUGUGCUCAUCUAUGAACUGCUUGAUGAGAUCCUCGACUUUGGGUACCCUCAGAACACAGACACGGGGGUGCUCAAGACCUUCAUCACACAGCAGGGCAUCAAGACAGCCAGCAAGGAAGAGCAAUCACAGAUCACUUCCCAGGUGACAGGACAGAUAGGGUGGCGGCGCGAAGGCAUCAAGUACCGGCGCAAUGAACUCUUCUUGGAUGUUAUUGAAUAUGUCAAUUUGCUCAUGUCUCCCCAAGGCCAGGUGUUGUCUGCCCAUGUUGCCGGCAAGGUGGUCAUGAAGAGUUACCUGUCAGGCAUGCCGGAGUGCAAGUUUGGCAUCAAUGACAAGAUUGUCAUGGACGCUAAGAGAGGUUCCUCUGAUGAGUCACAAAGGUCUGGGAAGACCAGCAUUGCUAUUGAUGACUGCCAGUUCCACCAGUGCGUCAAGCUGUCAAAGUUUGAGACGGAGCAUUCUAUAUCCUUUGUUCCUCCUGAUGGUGAAUUUGAACUCAUGAGGUACCGCACCACCAAGGACAUCUCGCUGCCCUUCCGUGUGAUCCCGCUGGUUCGUGAGGUGGGCCGCACCAAGAUGGAGGUGAAGGUGGUCAUCAAGAGUAACUUCAAGCCCUCACUGUUGGCACAAAAGAUCGAGGUGCGGAUUCCAACUCCUCUCAAUACUUCAGGAGUGCAGCUCAUUUGUAUGAAGGGAAAGGCCAAGUACAAGGCUUCAGAAAAUGCCAUUGUGUGGAAAAUUAAGCGUAUGGGUGGCAUGAAGGAGUCUCAGAUAUCGGCUGAGAUUGAACUGCUGCAGACAGACACUAAGAAGAAGUGGACAAGACCUCCCAUCUCCAUGAACUUUGAGGUGCCGUUUGCUCCAUCAGGCUUCAAAGUUCGCUACUUGAAAGUGUUCGAGUCCAAGCUCAACUACUCUGACCAUGACGUUAUCAAAUGGGUUCGUUACAUCGGCCGUUCGGGACUCUACGAGACCAGAUGCUAAUUACCUUUAUCCCGGCUCAUUAUAUAGCAUUUGCCAGAGGCAGGACAGUAUUGCCCACCAGAUCACCCAGAAAGUGCGUAUCAGAAGCUCUGCUUUAUCAUCAUAUCAUUUGUAUGAGUUAGCAUACUAUCACAAACUUGUGAACAGGUGUCAUGAAUGUGGAGGACGUUCUUACAAGAGCUACUGUAGGUAUGAAUAGAUGAGUCCAUGAGAUUGAUAAUUUCAAGCCAAGUGUAGGUGAAGCUAAGUGAACUUGGGCCCAGAGUGGCUCUGGGCUGCCAGCAUGUUAAGAUUAGUACCUCAUUCUUAGCCAGGACCUUGCUUGCACCUGACAUCCACCAGCAGGCACUCGUAUCUGUGUUCAUGGAAUGAUAUUAUCAAGAAGAUAGUCACUGUUAUUGAGUCAGUUUAUUUGUUAAUUGCAUGUACAUAAUUUUUUUGAAGAUUAAGUACUACAUACAUAUAUCAGUUUAUAUUUUUAAAAAUUUAUGCUAGAUGGUUUAUUUUACUUCACCAGUCUAGUAUAGAUUUAAACUUCCUAAUUACAAGAACUACAUUCCCUAUUUGUCUUCAGUUCUACAGUUGUUUUUCAUUAUAGUUUUAGUGACGUGUAGUGAACUCUUUAGGGAAUCUCGACUCUUUCAUUGUUGACCUUUUGUGAUGUUUAAGAUGGUUGCCUAAAAGUUUCUGAACCCUUUGUGUGUAGCACAUCAAGGGUUCUCUGAACACUUCAGACAACUUCAUGGAUGUAGUUUAUCAAAAGUUGAUGGAGACCACAGAUUAGAUGGAGUUUAUAUGAAACCUCAGUAGUUAUCAGCAUUAAGGCAAAUGGUGGUCACAUCUUGUGCAGAAUCGUCAUAAUAUUUUGGAUCAUGUAAGUUGGUGCAUGCUCUUAGUCUUAACACUCCUUUAGAUGGAAAUUUUCCUAAUUUUGCAUCUUGGUUUAACAUUUUUGUUACUGAUCCCAUAUUUUGCUUGGCAUGGAGAAGGCAGUCCUGAAUAUUACAAAUUAUAGUGGUGUGGAGGGACAUUUAUUUUCAUAUUUCAUUGCUAGAAAAGAAGUAUAGCUAACCAGGAAUUAUUGGAAGUUAACACUUUCCUUUUCUUUGUAUUCGGUUCAUCGUUCAUAACAUCUUUCCUCAUAACAUUUCCUUGCAACACUCGUUCAAACAGCUUGACUUACUAUCGGUGCAAAAAUACUGACUGACUAACUAACCAGCCCAUCACUAACCUUGACUCAGCCCAAUCCUUUUGCAUUUAUACAGAGCCUUAACCCUCCUCCCUGGCUUUAAGGUAAUUAGAAAGACAUUUGCACGACUCUCUGCCUGGUCCGCAUGGAUUGUGGUGUUGAGUUCCGAGAGGCCGAUGUUGUGCACCCAUUUGAUGAUGUCAUGGCUCACACUCAAAUCUUGUUCUCAAGCUACCCCAAAAUACAAGCAUGGGUUAGCAUUGCCUGACUCCAGCUGACAGUGUUAUUUGACCAUCUGCCUCUGAUGCUGCUGCUACUGCUGGUGUAGUUACAAUAAUAAUGAUGAAGCAAAAUGUAUUCUCUAUUGUC